CCUCUCUGUCCCACAGCUAUGGGCCACUGGCUCCAGCCGCACCUCCCACCUGCCUGCUUCCCGCCCUCUGUGGGUAGGAGCCCCAGCCCCAGCUGAACUGUUACCAGGCCUAGGCUGUGUCCCCACCACUGUUAGAGAGCUUUGGGUGCACAGCCAGCUGGCGAGUCUCAGGGGCCCUGAAGCCUGUCCCUGCCCUCUGCACUAGCAGCUGCCCCUGGAGAGAGGAGGUCGGGAAGUGGGACAAGGAUGGUGGAGAUGAGUAACUCCGAGCCUCAGGAGGAGACAUCACCCACACAAGGGUGUUUCUAGCCCAACCAGCUUCAGACCCAGGUGCCUGGAAGGGCCCAAGCCACCCAGCACUCACACACUCACUGUGCUCAGGCCCUGGAGCCAUGUUUGGAAAGAAGAAGAAGCGAGUGGAGAUCUCAGCUCCAUCCAACUUUGAGCACCGCGUGCACACAGGCUUCGACCAGCAUGAGCAGAAGUUCACGGGGCUGCCCCGCCAGUGGCAGAGCCUGAUUGAGGAGUCGGCGCGCCGACCUAAGCCUCUUAUCGACCCUGCCUGCAUCACUUCCAUCCAGCCUGGAGCCCCCAAGACCAUCGUGCGGGGCAACAAAGGUGUCAAGGAUGGGGCCCUCACACUGCUGCUCGACGAGUUCGAGAACAUGUCGGUGACGCGCUCCAACUCCCUGCGCAGAGACAGCCCGCCACCGCCUGCCCGCGCCCACCAGGAGAACGGACUGCCGCAGGAACGGGCAGCGCCGGCCAGAACGGGCCCGGACAAGGCUGGAGGCAGAAGCCGGGCCACAGGCCACAGCGAGGCGGGCAGUGGCAGUGGUGACAGAAGGCGGGUGGGGCCAGAGAAGAGGCCCAAGUCUUCGAGGGAGGGCUCAGGAGGCCCUCAGGAGGCCUCUCGAGAUAAGCGGCCCCUCUCUGGGCCCGAUGUCAGCACCCCCCAGCCUGCCAGUCUGGCCAGUGGUGCGAAGCUAGCGGCUGGCAGGCCCUUUAACACUUACCCUCGGGCUGACACAGACCACCCGCCGCGGGGUGCCCAGGGGGAGCCACACAGCAUGGCACCCAAUGGGCCCUCAGCUGCAGGCCUGUCCGCCCCUCAGCCCUCCUCCUCCCGCCCUCCCGCCCGAGCCCGUGGUGCUCCUGGCCCCGGAUCGCUGGGCCCCCAUGCCUCUGAGCCCCAGCUGGCCCCCCCAGCACGUGCCCUCGCUGUCCCUGCUGCACCCCUUGCUCCCGGGCCCCCUGGGCCUCGCUCACCACAGCGCGAGCCCCAGCGAGUGUCCCACGAGCAGUUCCGGGCUGCCCUGCAGCUGGUGGUGGACCCAGGGGACCCGCGUUCCUACCUGGACAACUUCAUCAAGAUCGGCGAGGGCUCCACAGGCAUCGUGUGCAUCGCCACCGUGCGCAGCUCCGGCAAGCUGGUGGCUGUCAAGAAGAUGGACCUGCGCAAGCAGCAGAGGCGGGAGCUGCUCUUCAAUGAGGUGGUGAUCAUGCGGGACUACCGCCAUGAGAACGUGGUGGAGAUGUACAACAGCCACCUGGUGGGCGACGAGCUCUGGGUGGUCAUGGAGUUCCUGGAGGGAGGGGCCCUCACGGACAUCGUCACCCAUACUAGGAUGAACGAGGAACAGAUUGCAGCCGUGUGCCUGGCUGUGCUGCAGGCGCUGUCUGUGCUCCAUGCCCAGGGCGUCAUCCACCGAGACAUCAAGAGUGACUCCAUCCUACUGACCCACGAUGGCCGGGUGAAGCUGUCCGACUUCGGGUUCUGCGCUCAGGUGAGCAAGGAGGUGCCUCGGAGGAAGUCGCUGGUGGGCACACCCUACUGGAUGGCCCCGGAGCUGAUCUCCCGCCUUCCCUAUGGGCCAGAGGUGGACAUCUGGUCACUGGGGGUGAUGGUGAUCGAGAUGGUGGAUGGGGAACCCCCCUACUUCAAUGAGCCACCCCUCAAAGCCAUGAAGAUGAUCCGGGACAACCUGCCACCCCGACUGAAGAACCUACAUAAGGCAUCACCAUCUCUGAAGGGCUUCCUGGACCGCCUGCUGGUGCGGGACCCAGCCCAGCGGGCCACUGCUGCUGAGCUGCUGAAACACCCAUUCCUCACCAAGGCGGGGCCCCCGGCCAGCAUCGUGCCCCUCAUGCGCCAGCACCGAACCAGAUGAAGAGCCCUGGCCACCCUGCCCAGUGGAGGCAGUAGAGCACCAGCGCUCCCACAGCCCGCGAGACACUGGGGUGCCACCGUCACUGUGCCAGGGACUUCGUGGGACCCUACUACUGAACUCUAGUUUUGAUUCCAUGACUUGCAAAGCAACACCGGGACAUGUGGGAGCCAGUGGGUCCCAGGGUCCCUCACCCUCCAGGACAGGCCCCUCCCCUGUGCUCUGUCCACAGGAGAGAAGGCAGCGGCUGCCCCAUCACUGGAAAAUCUGCAUCAGGGGCCACUGGGGGCAGAGAUGACACUGUGAGGGAGAUGUGCGUGCG